AUGAAUGCCAUGGGCUUAUCAACAGAUCCAGCAUUACUGGAUGUUGAACUACCACAUACACUAAUUGAAUCACCCUCGGUAUCCACUUUUAUGCCAGAAGAGGAGGCUUCCAUUUGCCCGCUGCUCUCAACAACUAAUGGAACCUCAACUCCAUUGACAUUUUCACAUCCACUCACACCAUGUGCCGAUAACGAUAGCAAUACAUCGGCUAAUCUAUGCAAUGAAGAUGCCAAAGUUGAUGAGACCAGUUCCUCAUCUGGCAGCAGCUCUGGCAUAGGCAUGCACGUUCCAGACACAAGCGCAACUCUAUUUAGUAAACAUGCCUACCAACAUCUACAGCACAACAAUGGCAUUACUGUUCAGGAUACAAAUGGUCAUGGUCCAAAUGGCAAUAUUACACUCUCAAAAGACGCUCCAUCGUUUGUGUCCUGGAAUUGGCCAUUAAUACGAAAGUGUACAUUUUUUGCAUUUAUGUCCAGUUUACUCGCGAUGUGCGCGGUAGUUGUGGCUAUGAUUAUUACACUACCAAAAACAUGCAAUCCUAAAACGGCUUGGUAUCGUGGUAGCGUGUUCUAUGAAAUAUUCCCUGCUAGUUUCCAAGAUUCCAAUAGCGAUGGAUACGGGGACAUACGUGGCAUUGAAAAUCGUAUAGAAUAUCUAGCUUCGAUGGGUGUUGCUGCAGUACGUCUUAAUUCCAUAUUUCCUACUUCUCACUACCCUGAUGACUAUAAGAACACUACUUCCUUAACAAAGGUUGCACACGUUUUAGGAGACGUUCAUGAUGUAGCGCAGUUAGCGAAAUCGCUACAUGAACGCAAUAUGUCACUUAUUUUAGACUUACCAAUAAAUGUGUUAGUGAAAGAUUUGGGAAAGGUUUCAAGUACUACAAGUACUACAGAACAAAGCACUGAAAACAAUAAUACUAAAAUGGGAACAACAACUACAGCUGCUGCCAAUACUGUUAUACUCAGCGAGAACAUGAUAACGGAAGCCAUACGUAAAUGGUUAAAUAUUGGAAUAAAUGGGUUCUAUAUAAAAGGACUAGAAUAUUUUACUGAAGAUACCAAUUUGUUACAUCAUUUAGCUGAAUGGAAACGUUUACUUGGUCCCGAAUGUGUGCUUAUUGUAAGUGAAGCAUUCUUGAAUAAUUUAAGUGAUGACACAAAAGCAACUGCACUUCAACACAUUGACCUCGUUGAUGUACAUUUAGAAGUCACGAACGGUACAAAACAUAUGGAUGAGCGUAUUAAAUCAGUUUUAGAGGGUGCGGUGAUACCACAUGAUAAUGGCGCUUGGAUUCAUUGGUCUAUUAGCGGUGAAGAUAGAGAUCGUAUAACAACUGCAGCUGAUCGUCACGAAUUAAUACUAGCUGCAACUCUUAUGCAGCUGAUGCUGCCUGGCACUCCCAACAUUUUCUACGGUGAUGAAAUCGCUUUAGAUGCUGUUUCUGAUCCACACAAUGAGCAUAGUGACACAAAGCAUUUACAUCAUUUACCAACAAUGCAGUACCAUAAUACGACACAGCAAUUUACCAGUCGGGAAAUCUUGCCAUGGUUGCCGAAAAGCGCUUCCUUGAAAUUUGAACAUUUUGAGAUCAUAUCGCAAAUGAUCAAGCUACGUGAUCGAUCUCCAUCAAUCUAUAAAAAUGCCAUAUGCAAACCAGAAACCACCCUGCCAAAUACACAAAUACGUCGUAGUCAUGAUGAUAUAUUAGUGGUAGAACGUGUAUAUCCGCGCAGAAAUUCAUUCGUAUCCGUCUCCAACUUUGGCAAGAAACGUGUUACCAUGGACAUGACUUCCAUGUACUACAGUGGCGUUGUAAUGCUUCAGAAAUCUCAAAAGGAUAAAAUUUAUUUCAGUGACUUUGAAAUUGGACCACUGGAAACCAUUGUGGUAAAAUUGGAUAAAUAGAAGUAGUAACUGGACUAGUUCUUUAAUCAAAACAAAUAAAUUUUUUCUUUAAUAUAGAAACAAAAUGUGAAAAGAGUAUAACUUUUAAGAAUGAACAUGAAAAUUUAAAAAUUGUUAAAGUUGUUAAAAUUGUGUAUAUAAAUAAUUUAUAUAAAUAAUAAUUUAUCUUUUUCCAAAUUAUUUUUUUAUAAAAGAACACAAACUUUGUAAUAGAAGUCUUAGCUCCCAUCAAAUUGCGCCAUAUUUUGUUAUAAAUAAUGAAAAAACUUAAAAUUUUUUUAUUUUCAACUUAAUACUUUUAAUAAAAUAUUAUAUAAACUAAGUAAUUUGCCACUAUAACCUAAACUGAUGAAAACCAAAACAAAAGGAAAUUCAUUUAUUUUUUUAUUGUAUAAGUAAU